AUGAGUUCUAACUCUAAUGUAGGUCAAAGAGGGAGAGGUCAAAAUAAACAUUACUGGACUCCAAUGGAAGACAAUGCUUUGAUCGACUGUCUUCUAGAGUUAAGCCAAAAUCCUACAUGGCGAGCUAAUUGUGGAUUUAAAAAUGGAUAUUUGCAACAAAUAGAGAUUAUGUUAGAAACAAAAUUACAGCGUUCUGGAUUGAAGGCCUCACCUCAUAUUGAAUCUCGUAUUAAAACUUUGAAGGGAAAGUAUUGUUGCUUGACUGAAUUGUUGUCUUUAAGUGGUUUUGGUUGGGACAAUGAGCAUAUGAUGUUAUUAUGUGAAAAAAGUGCAUUUGAUGAGUGGGUGAAGAAACGUAAAUAUGCAAGUGGAUUAUAUGGAAAACCAUUUCCUUAUUAUUACAAGCUAGCAGAAAUAUAUGGUCGAGAUCGUGCUACUGGAACAAAUGCUGGUAAUGCUGAUGAUGAUGAAGAGGAAAUACGACAAGAGGAUACAAUUGGUGUGGAUUUUGGAGUUGAUGAUAAUAUAGCUGAUGGAGGGGAUGAUGAAGAAAUAGAUGAGUUUGAUGGUGUCUCAAAUACUCAACACCCUAGUAAUAUGCGUUGUAGAUCCACUGAGAGUACUACUAGUGCCCAACAACGUAAUAAAAAGAAAAGGUCAAAGGUAAUGGAUGGUAUGUCAGCUAAUAUUGGUGCAUUAGCAGAAUCUGUAUCAGAAAUCGUCCCCAAGCUUCAAGGACUGAUCAAUGCAUUAUCAAAUGAUAAAGAAGUGGCUGAUAUGCAAGCCAAUUUAUAUACAGAAAUAAGCAAGAUUGACAGCCUAACUGCAAUACAAUGUAUUAAAGUCACCAACAUGUUAGCAGAAAAGCCCUCAUUGAUGCGAGUGUUUUAUGCAAUGUCAGAUGAGGUGAAAAUGCAAUAUAUUAUGAAUAUGUUGCAAAAUGAUGCCUAA